AAACAAAUUCCAAUUGGGACUCGGCGAGUGAGUUUCGUUCGCGGAUGGAAAAGUAAAAAGCGGCGGCAACAUUUACUGUUCUUUGUGCGUCUUUCCGUCACUUGUGCGGGCGCCAAGCUAACUGAAUCAAAAAUCACAAAAAAACACCUAAAACGCAAUUCAAAAUACAACCCAGAGUGUGUAACUGAGAAUACAGCUCUCUGAGGCACACGUAGGUGAAAACAACAAACAACAUCUGGAGAGGGACACCUGACAUCAUCGUUUUAUUGUAGCAUCCAUUGUUUGUUCGUUCUUGCCAUCUAUCAGAGCUAAGCUCUUUUGGAGGAUAUCCCCCCACCUCACUUGUUCCCACCACCCAUCAAGAUAAUCCAUUGAAUUCAAAUAUCGGACAAAUAAAAAACAAGCGGCAAGAUGUUCAUCGAAGAUGAUGCGCAAAUGGACAGCUUUUGGGUGCAGAGCGCCAUUGGCGCGAUCAAGGCGAUCGCCUUCAUGUACGACAUCAUCACGCUGCCGGUCUACCUGGUGCUGCAAAAACCCUGGAAACGUCGACAGGACUCGCGUCGGGUGAAGGCGAAGAUCGUGCGGAACGAUGACAAUGAGCUGACCUACCGGACUACGGAUCCGCCGCGUGAUGUCCACGUGAAGAUGUUGCAGGAGAACAUCGAUACGCUCGAGAAGGUCUUCAACUAUGUGGCCAAGACGUACACGUCGAAGCGCUGCCUGGGCACCCGCCAGAUCCUCAGCGAGGAGGACGAGGUGCAGCCAAACGGCCGUGUCUUCAAGAAGUACAACCUGGGCGACUACAAGUGGAAGACGUUCACCGAGGCGGAGCGUACGGCGGCCAAUUUCGGACGUGGUCUGCGGGAACUGGGCCAGAAGCCACGCGAGAACAUUGUCAUCUUUGCCGAAACGCGGGCCGAGUGGAUGAUCGCUGCCCACGGAUGCUUCAAGCAGGCUAUGCCCAUUGUCACCGUCUAUGCCACACUGGGCGAUGAUGGAGUGGCCCACUGCAUCACCGAAACGGAAGUCACCACGGUUAUCACCUCCCACGAUCUGCUGCCCAAGUUCAAGACUCUGCUGGACAAAUGCCCGCUGGUGAAGACCAUUAUAUACAUCGAGGAUCAGCUGCAAAAGACAGAGACCACUGGCUUCAAGGACGGCGUCAAGAUCUUGCCCUUCAGCCAGGUGGUUAAGACCGGACAGGAAAGCAAAUUCGAGAACGUGCCACCCAAGGGCGACGACAUUGCCAUCAUCAUGUACACUUCCGGCUCCACUGGCACACCCAAGGGAGUGCUGCUGUCUCACAAGAACUGCAUUGCUACGAUGAAGGGCUUCGUUGACAUGGUUCCUAUCUAUCCGGAUGAUGUUCUGAUCGGAUUCCUACCCCUGGCCCACGUUUUCGAAUUGGUUGCGGAGAGUGUGUGUCUCAUGACCGGCGUUCCCAUCGGCUACUCGACCCCGCUGACCCUAAUCGACACUAGCAGCAAGAUCCGACGCGGCUGCAAGGGCGACGCCACCGUGCUGAAGCCCACCUGCAUGACUUCGGUGCCGCUGAUUCUGGAUCGCAUCUCCAAGGGCAUUAAUGACAAGGUCAAUUCGGGCUCCGCGUUCAGGAAAUCGCUCUUCAAAUUCCUUUACCAGUACAAAGUCAAGUGGGUGCAGAGGGGCUACAAUACGCCGCUUAUUGACAAAUUGGUAUUCAAGAAGGUGGCAAAGUUGAUGGGCGGCAAAGUGCGCAUUAUCAUGUCCGGUGGAGCGCCUCUGUCGGCAGACACCCAUGAGCAAAUCAAGACCUGCCUGUGCUUGGACCUGAUUCAGGGCUAUGGUCUCACGGAAACCACGUCCGGAGCCACAGUAAUGGAUUACCGCGAUAUGACCUAUGGGCGCACUGGAGGACCGUUGACUGUUUGCGACAUCCGUCUGGUCAACUGGGAAGAAGGCAACUACCGCGUCACAAACAAGCCAUAUCCUCAGGGCGAGGUUCUUAUUGGCGGCGAUUGUGUCUCUCAAGGCUAUUACAAGCUGCCCGGCAAGACCAACGAGGAUUUCUUCGAGGAGGACGGGCAAAGGUGGUUCAAAACCGGCGACAUUGGCGAAAUACAAGCUGAUGGCGUACUUAAGAUUAUAGAUCGUAAGAAGGACCUGGUCAAGCUGCAGGCCGGCGAAUAUGUCUCCCUGGGCAAGGUUGAAUCUGAAUUGAAAACGUGCGGAAUUAUCGAGAACAUUUGCGUAUACGGAGAUCCCACAAAGCAGUUCACAGUGGCGCUGGUCGUCCCCAACCAAAAUCAUCUGGAGGAACUGGCCCAGAAACAUGGACUGGGGGACAAGACAUUCGAGGAGCUGUGCUCAUCGCCCAUUAUAGAGAAGGCUAUACUCAAGGAAAUUGCAGAACACGCGCGGAAAUGCAAAUUGCAAAAGUUCGAGGUUCCCGCCGCCAUCACAUUGUGCAAGGAGGUUUGGUCUCCGGACAUGGGACUGGUAACGGCCGCCUUCAAACUGAAGCGCAAGGAUAUCCAAGACAGAUAUCAGCAUGAUAUUAACCGCAUGUACGCCUCAUGAAAGUCAAUGUACUAAACGAGGGCUAUUAGAUGCAGCAACGACAACAACACGGAGACAACUACAUUAGUGGAGCAGCAGCAAUGAAGCUAGUGUGUACUAAUGGCGAUUUAGUAGCACCCCACACGGCAUAGGCCUGCAUACCAAAUCCAAAACCAACCUAGCUUAAGUCCUAAAAGAUCCGAAGGCCGAGCAAAACAUAUGAGAAAACGAUUAGUCAUAUUGUGCAUGUAAAGACAGAAAGUUCUCAGUUACCUAUUGGUUUUGUUCCAUUUCGUUUGCUAGAAUUUUGAAAAUUACUCGUUUCUCAUCCUAAUAAAGUACAGUUCGUUGAAUUUUUGUUGGUACAUAGCUGCAGCUGGGUUUGGUUUGGAAAUGCGCUGUGCAUGUGCUUAAAAUGCUGUUGAACAGAUUGACAAUGAUAAAGAUAAUGAUAACUGAUUGCCGAUAAUGAGAAUGAAUAUUGUAAACUGUACAGUUUUCGGUUUUUAGAACAUUUUGUGGCAAAUGAAUAUUGCAUAAAAAAUACUUAUUUUUAUAUUAAGCUUAAGUGGUUGCCUAUUAAUUAUGUACAUACGAUAUAUACACACAUCUAUAUAAAUGCAUAUAUGUGUAUAAUAAAUCUAAUAUUUAGUGUACUCCUUUAUGCUAAGUUUAUUGUAUGGAAAUUUUGAAGUGAUGAAAUGUUGAAAGAAGAAAAGAAAGCGACUUGAUUAUGAAUUAAAAGCAACAACUGCAAAGUGAAGACCGUAAGAAUUUCCCUGGCAUAUGCUUCUUUGUGGCGCAGAAAAAAACAUCUAAACACAAAUGGAACCAUCCAAAAAUUAUUUUUAAUUACACAAAGGCAAAAAGGUUACAAAGGCAAGUGUAAAAUAUAUUUUAGCUCAAUUUAGUUAAAGAAAAAACCAUCAAAUGAAUUUUAUUAAAUAUAUUAUGUCAAACACGUAACGAGAAAAGUCAAAAUUAAAAUGCAACAAAUGAAAGACUUAGUACCAAAAUAUAUAAAGAAGGAAAACGCUAGUAGGCCAACAAAAGGGCCUAAAUUAACGAACUAAAAAAUAAAUACAUUUGUUUUAGAUGUGCAAGAACUUUUUGAAUAAAUUGUAGUCAUAUUUUUAGUUAAACUAUAUAUAUUUAGAAAACGUUUAGCAAUUUUUGUGGAAACGUUGCGUUUCUUUAAAAUAAAAUUCAACUGAUAAAAACA